AACCACAUCGCGCCCCCAUCCCCCUCCCCCCGCGCGACACAGCCAUCUCAAUCCCUAUAAAAACCCUAAACUCGCUCGCCCCGACCGUUCCCCAGGCGGAUAUCAGACAGCCACCCCACAGCGCUUCUCCGAUCUCGCCGCCCUCCUCGCCCCCGUCGCUGCGGUGGCCCUUGCGGAAAUCCCGAGCCCCUACUCGCCGAUCGCUCUAGCGUUUUCUUGAUGGAACCCGUUGUGGAUCGGGACCAGAAAUGGCUUCUGGAUUGCCUCUCCGCGACGCUCGACACCAGCCGCGACAUCCGGUCCUUCGCCGAGGCGUCGCUACAGCAGGCCUCUUCACAACCGGGUUUUGGGGCUGCUCUGUCCAAGAUCAUGGUGAACAAGGAGAUCUCAUUUGGAUUACGUCAACUGGCAGCAGUCUUGCUCAAGCAAUUCAUAAAGCAGCAUUGGCAGGAAGAUGAAGAGAAUUUUGUACAUCCUGUUGUUUCACCUGAAGAGAAGGCAGCUAUACGCCAACUUCUGCCUCCUUGUUUGGAUGACUCUCAUGGGAAAAUCCGUACAGCUGUAAGCAUGGCAAUAGCAUCAAUUGCUCAGUAUGACUGGCCAGAGGAUUGGCCUGAAUUAUUGCCUUUCCUCUUGAAAUUGAUAAGUGGAGAGAACAAUAUCAAUGGAGUGCAUGGAUCUUUAAGAUGUUUAGCUCUUCUAUCUGAUGAUUUGGAUGAUACAUUGGUUCCAAAAUUAGUUCCCUCUCUCUUUCCGUACUUGCACACUAUUAUAUCUUCCUCCCAUUUGUAUGAAAAAUCUCUGCGUGCAAAAGCUCUUUCAGUGGUUCACUCUUGUGUCUCAGUCUUGGGAACUAUGAGUGGGGUAUAUAAGACGGAAACUAUAACAAUGAUGAUGCCAAUGCUUAGUUCUUUGAUGGAACAGUUCUCCAUCAUCUUACAAGAUCCAAUGCAGUCCGAAGAUCCUGAUGACUGGAGCCUCAGGAUGGAGGUGCUGAAAUGUCUGCUCCAGUUUGUUCAGAGCAUUUCCAACCUUAGCGAAACACAAUUUUCUGUCAUUCUUGCACCUUUGUGGCAGACAUUUAUUUCUUCUCUGAAAGUAUAUCAACUAUCAGCAAUAGAAGGUAAGCAGGAUUCACAUUCAGGAAGGUAUGAUUCAGAUGGUGGUGAAAAAAGUCUUGAUUCCUUUGUCAUUCAGUUAUUUGAGUUCUUGUUAACUAUCGUGGGAAAAUCUAGAUUGGCGAAGGUACAUACUAACACAUCUAUCACACUUUUGGUAACUUCCCAUUUCCUAGACUGUUUUUAUUCAUGUCAAUCUGGGUGCUUGAAGGUCAUUGGCAGGGAUGUGAAGGAGCUGAUUUAUUACACUAUUGCUUUUCUUCAGAUAACUGAAGAACAGGAACACAGUUGGUCACUAGAUGCUAACCAGUAUGUUGCGGAUGAGGAUGAUGUAACUUAUAGUUGUCGUGUAUCAGGGUCUCUCCUGCUGGAAGAGUUAACUAAUGCUUAUGGUGGAGAAGCAAUCAAAUCUAUAAUGGAGGCAUGUCAAAGCCAUUUUUCUGAAUCAUGCCAAGCAAAAGGUGCAGGUUCUGCAGAUUGGUGGAGAUUACAAGAAGCAUCUCUAUUUGCACUGGUUUCUUUAUCCGAACAGUUGAUUGAAGCAGAGGCUUCAAAGCUAACAAAAGAUAACUUAAGGAAUCUUCUUGAGCAGAUGAUCACUGAAGAUUCAGGGGCAGGAAUACAUGAAUGUCCUUUUCUUCAUGCACGCAUUUUUUCAACUAUAUCCAAGUUCUCUUCUCUGAUAAAUAGAAGGAUAUGUGAACAGUCAUUAUAUGCUGCUAUUCAAGCGAUAGCUUCAGAUGUUCCAGCACCUGUAAAAGUUGGUGCUUGCAGGGCAUUAUCCCAGCUUCUGCCAGUAUAUAGUGAAAAUGUUCAACCAUAUAUAAUGGGCUUGUUGUCGUCUCUAACAAAUCUUCUGAGACAGGCAUCAGAUGAAACCCUACAUCUUGUACUUGAAACACUUCAAGCAGCUAUUAAGGCAGGUCAAGAACAAUCAAUGACAAUUGAACCUGUUAUCUCCCCCAUCAUCUUGGAUGUGUGGUCACAACAUGUUUCAGAUCCAUUUAUCAGUAUCGAUGCAGUUGAAGUCUUGGAGGUAAUCAAGAAUGCUCCAGGAUGUUUACAGCCUCUGGUCUCACGGAUUUUGCCACCCAUUAGAUCUGUUUUGGAAAAACCACAGUCACAGCCUGUUGGUUUAGUUGCUGGCUCAUUGGACCUUUUGAUUAUGCUACUGAAAAGUGCUCCUCUGGAUGUGGUAAAGGCAAUCUUUGAUGCUUGCUUCAAUCUUGUAAUUCAAAUUGUCCUCCAAAGUGAUGAUCAUGCAGAAAUGCAGAAUGCAACAGAAUGUUUGGCUUCCUUCCUGUCUGGAGGAAGACAAGAGUUGCUAGUGUGGGCUGGUGACCCAGCACUUACAAUGAAAAGAUUACUUGAUGCUGCUUCUAGACUUCUGGACCCAGACCUCGAAAGUUCAGGAUCACUUUUCGUGGGCAGCUACAUUUUGCAGCUUAUCUUACAUUUGCCAUCCCAAAUGUCUCUGCACAUUCAUGAGCUCGUUGCUUCUGUUGUGUGGCGUAUGCAGUCAUGUGAAAUAUCUGGGUUAAAAAGUUCCUUGAUUGUUAUUCUCGCUAGACUGGUACAUCUCAGUACCCCAGAUGUUGAUCGGUUUAUCAAUUUAUUGCUUACUAUACCUGCUAAAGGCUAUGAAAAUGCACUGGGUUAUGUAAUGCCAGAAUGGACCAAAAUACAGGGUGAAAUUCAAGGAGCCUAUCAGAUAAAGGUUACAACAACUGCACUGACUCUAUUAUUCUCAACACGUCAUGUGGAGCUGGCAAAGAUCAAUGUCCAAGGGAAUCUAAUCAAGUCUAGUGCAGGUAUAACUACACGAUCAAAAGCAAAAUUAGCUCCUGACAGAUGGACGACGAUACCGCUUCCUGCAAAGAUAUUUGCUCUAUUAUCGGAUGCACUUAUUGAGAUUCAGGAACAAGCCUUGGAUGAUGAUGACGAUGAGGAUAGCGACUGGGAAGAAGCUUCAAACAAUGGAAGUGGUGUUCCACAAGAUAUACUAUAUUCGUCUACCGUGCCAUCAAAUGUUAAUCCUUCAGUCAAACAUCUUGAUGCCAUGGCAAAGGUGUUUGAUGAGGGUGAUGAUGAUGGUGACUAUGAUGAUGAUCUUACAAAAGUUGAUCCACUAAACGAGAUCAAACUGGCAGAGUAUUUGACUAGUUUUGUUCUGAACUUGUAUGAAACCGAUCAGGCACUCUUCAAUUAUCUUUCCCAGAACCUGACAGAUGUACAAAAAUCUGUUGUGAGAAAGGUUAUAAGAAGGUAACUUUAACCAUCGUUAAUGUUUGUGAUAAAUGAAGAAAGGGCUUGUCAAGAAGAAAGAGAGGAAGAAAGCAGACUUUUAAGGUUUGAUAUGCUUGUAAGUUGUUGAAUGUAUGUACAAACAAAUUUUGCCCAAAUUACAUAUUUGAUUGAAGUCGAUGUUGAGCUUAUCCAUUGAGAGUUAUUUAUUGCUUCCUUUGCCAGUGAGAGCAAAACGUCAAGUUGUAAAUUUUUCAGGGGGAUUCAGUGGUUGGUUUCACCACCACCAGGCUAAUUGUAUUCUUUGGAUAGAAACAUCGUUACAGAGAUCCACCGUGUUUCUGCAUAAAUAAUAUAUAUUCCAGACAAUAUCCAGUCA